CUGAAUUCCUGAAUAGUUGUCAAUUUUACCGAUUAAUAUCUCGCUUUACAAAACAGAGCGACAUUUUUUCUACAGCCAGAUUUUUUUUCAUACGAAAACUCGAGUGUGUCUAAUUCCAUCAAUAUUGAAGAGAAAAGAACUGAAGUGUACCGUUUCAUGCAGAAACGCAUCGAAUAAGCUUAUUCAAUUUCAUCAACACACACAUUGCAAAAGAAAAGACUAAAGUAAACAUUUACCAAAUAUAUUUUAGACUGAUCUUAUUUCAGCAUAGAAAAGGUCUCGAAUCGUUACUUUUUAAGUAAUGGCAAAACUGAUUUUACAACGAGUCGAUAGUUGGAAAUCUUAAGUCUUUAUCAGUCUUAAUCUGAACAGGUAGAAAGAGACUCAAUAAACAUAUUUUAUUAAAAUGUAAAUAAAAAUCAGUAAACUAAACAUUUAUUGAAUACAAAACCAAAGCGGCAUAUGUCAAAAAAUUUGAACAAUAAUUUCAAGAUAAAUAAAGAUAUAUAAAUAGAAAAAGAAUUACAAAAAUGGUGAUAUAUGGUGUUUAUAUUGUAUCUAAAUCUGGUGGUUUGAUCUUCAAUCAUGAUCACAAUGUCCCGAAAAUUGAGGUUGAGAAAUCCUUUAAUUUUCCACUCAAUAUUAAAUUAAACUAUGAGAAUAAAAAGGUAGUGGUAGCUUUUGGACAAAAAGAUGGAAUACAUGUGGGACAUGUAUUAACAGCUGCAAAUGGAAUUGCAAUCACAGGACGUGAGCUUGAAGAUGGAAGAGACAUUCUAGAAAUGUUGGAGCAACCAGAAAAUUUCCCUAUAACAUUGAAAUUUAGUCGGGCAAAAAUGACAACAAAUGAGAAGAUAUUUUUAGCUUCAAUGUUUUAUCCUCUUUUUGCAAUAGCAAGCCAACUGAGCCCAGAACCACGAAGUUCUGGGAUUGAGAUUCUUGAAGCAGAUACAUUUCGUUUGUAUUGUUACCAAACGUUGACGGGUAUUAAAUUCAUGAUAGUAGCAGAGCCGUCACAACCAGGUAUGGAAAUUUUUUUGAAGAGAGUAUAUGAUUUAUAUGCGGAUUAUGCAUUAAAAAAUCCAUUUUAUGCGUUGGAAAUGCCUAUUCGAUGUGAAUUAUUCGAAACUAAUUUACAAACAUUGUUGGAAACUGUAGAAAAAUCUGGAAUAAGCAAUGUUUAAUAUUAAUUUACGUUAAUAAAUUAAUUUAAAAUAAUUAAAGUAUACAUAUAAGAUUGUAAUGGCUCCUGCAACUGAUCGACUCUUGCGCCAAUUUAAAUAUUGGCUACCUAAUUGAAUUUAUGGGUUUUUUCCAUCUAGUCUGACAUAAAUUU